AAGUAAAACCUCAAACAGUUCAACAAUAACAAGGGCUAAAGCCCUUGUUCUAGCAAAAAGAAAGACCACAAAAGCUUUACUUCAAGAACAACCAAGUAAAAAAUACAAAAUUAUAAAUUCUUCUAAUAAAGAAGUCAAGAAACAUGAGUUAGCUACUAGCAAGGAAAAUUGGAAUGAUAUUAUAUCUCAAGAAAACCCUUGGCUGAAUUCGAACAAGUCUUUACAAAAAACGGAACUGGGUAAACAAAACAACAAAGCGACGCAUAUGUCUAAAAAGGUUCCAGAAAGUUCUGCAUCAUCAAGUCACGUGGAAAUGCCAUCUAAAAGUCCAGAACCUCCUGUGAACCCAUAUAUACAUGUUUUAACUAACGAACUAAAACAAGAAGCCACUUGGGAUAAAGCUUUACUUAAACAACCUUUGCAGGAGGAACCAACAAUAACUGAAGUACAAGAAGAACUUUCAAAAGAAAACAUUCCUGUUUCAAACCAGGAAGAAACCCCCAAAGAGAAUACUGAAAACCUAGCCAAUCUUGAUACAAUGAUAAUAUAUGCAGAAGAGGUAACUAAAAAGAAUGAUGAAACUGAUAACAAGAGAAUUUCUCUACUUUCAAAAAGAGGUAGAAAAUCAACUUUUGCUCAAUAA